AUGCCUAAAAAGAAGUCAAUUACUCUGUCGUCUUUGAUCACUUCUACAAUCGUCAAACUGUCGAACAUCAGAGAGAGCCUAGUAACGGACGAAGAACGACGUUCACUCGAGGAAUUCCAUCGCGCCCUCAACAACCGAGACCUCCACGUUGCAGUACCUGUCAACGCUGCCACGCACCCCCAGCCUGCCCACAGCAACACAGAAACUGAGUAUUACGAAGACUCAUCAGCCGCCUCUUCCCCCAUCUCUGAACUAGAAGGACUAGUUCUAGCCGUCGACGAUUUAGCAUUCGAAAUCUCCCAACUCCGUCAAUACGUCGCGCUUACUCGAAGAAUUCUAGAACCCCCUCGUCGGAACGACAGUGAAGAAAAACGAGCCCUCAGACGACGAGUGGCAGAACAUAAGACAGCUCUUCUCAUACUAUCCGACGGAAUCUCUCCACGCAUCUAUCACCUUCCAAACUACGUUGAAACUCCCCAACUUGCGUUCUCACCAGAACAGGACGGGAGAGAAAUCCACUACCUACUUCCCUGUGGAAUCAUCAUCCACCGACGACCCUACUCCGCACCCUACCUAGAAUUCCUUACGCCCUACCUCGAACCAUCCAAAAUUGACGUAUACGUUACAGCGUCAUUUAAUCCUACCCCUCUUGAACUUCUUUUUACAAGAAUUGGAAUUUACGAAACCGAUCUCAUCAAGUUCUAUCGAGAAAUACCAUUCUUCUUCGACGUCCCCCUCACUCCCGAACAGAACGACGCCUUCAACCAAUGA